GGGGGAGCUGCCAGUUGUGGAAGCAUGUCCGACUCGAGCGCUACAGGACUCAUCGCUAACAAGGGUUCAGCCGAUUCCUACACGAGUAGACCUUCGGAUUCCGACCUGUCCCUGGAGGAAGACCAGGAGGCGUCUCGGCGUGAAGCCGAGCGCCAGGCUCAGCUGCAGCUGGAGAGGGCCAAGUCCAAACCGGUAGCUUUUGCGGUGAAGACCAACGUGAGUUACUGUGGGGCGCUCGAUGAGGAUUGUCCCGUCCAAGGUGCUGCCAUCAACUUUGAAACCAAAGACUUUCUACACAUAAAGGAGAAAUUCAGCAAUGACUGGUGGAUUGGACGGCUGGUGAAGGAGGGAGCAGACAUCACCUUCAUCCCCAGCCCUGUGAAACUGGAGGCCAUGAGAAUCAAGCAGGAGCAGAAACAGACGUCAGAGAAGGCUAGGAACGCCUCGUCCGGGGGCAGGAGAUCCACACAACCAUCUUCAGCCAAACAGAAGCAGAAACAGGUGGAGCACUUGCCGCCCUAUGAUGUGGUUCCUUCCAUGCGGCCCGUGGUGCUGGUGGGCCCCUCCCUGAAAGGCUACGAGGUGACAGACAUGAUGCAGAAAGCCCUGUUUGACUUCCUCAAGCACAGGUUUGAUGGGAGGAUCUCCAUCACACGGGUCACGGCCGACCUGUCCCUGGCCAAACGGUCGCUGCUGAACAAGAAAGCCAUCAUGGAGAGGUCCAACACGCGCUCCAGCCUGGCUGAGGUCCAGAGUGAGAUCGAGAGGAUCUUUGAGCUGGCUAAGACCCUCCAGCUGGUAGUGCUGGACGCAGACACGAUCAACCACCCUGCCCAGCUCCUCAAGACCUCCCUGGCCCCCAUCAUCGUCUACGUGAAGGUGUCCUCGCCAAAAGUUCUUCACAGGCUCGUCAAAUCUCGAGGGAAGUCUCAAAGCAAGCACCUGAACGUCCAGAUGAUGGCUGGAGACAAACUGGCCCAGUGUCCCCCAGAGAUGUUCGAUGUCAUUCUAGAUGAGAACCAGCUUGAGGAUGCGUGUGAACACCUGGCUGAAUAUCUAGAUAUAUACUGGCGCGCCACUCACCUGCCCGGCUCCGCCCCCCUCAACCCCUUAUUGGACCAAAGCGUGGUCACACCGCCCUCUGCAAACUCCAGUCAGCAGUUCUCUGAGACUCAGGAACUCAUAGAGUGAUCCCUGCUGCCACACACCUGGGAUCAGCGCCCUUGCUAUUGGCCGGGGGUCAGUGCACAGAGGACCAUGGGUCAACAGGGGUCACCAGAGGUCACUCGGCCCUCAGUGGGCCUUGCCACCAUCUCCACAGGUCACGACCUGUCUGUUCCCCAGGAAGCCGAGGGGCGAAGGGGGGGAGAGAGGGAGAGAACACCCACAGCCUGGGAGACAGACAGACGGGGGGUGGAGGGAACAGAAUGCGGUUGAGUUGGAGGACAAAGACGGCUGAAAAGAGCAAAGAUCCACCAUCACCAGUAAAGAAGCCCCCAGCCCGUCUUACCCUGCCAGCAGUCCCUGCUCCCCCUCCAUACCACAUCUCAGGGCUGCUUCCUGCUGCAGCGCGCCUACUGGUUAGAACUCAGCCAGCUUAGCGACCACCAGCCGGCCCCCUCUUACCACCAUCGUCCCCCACCUCCUCUGUCAGUACCAAGACCCCCCCACCCCCCUAACUCUGACCAAUACUGUUGCACCAUUCCAUGUGUGUCCGUUAAGGGCUGGCCCCCCCUGACCACAGAUGGACUGUUCCAGCACUACGGUGAGACCCGCCCCACCCUGCCAGAAACCCAGCGUUUCACAAAGCUUUGACUGUAGCGCGGCAGCCUUUGCCACCCAAACAACAACAACAAAAAACUCUCAAAUCAGAAUACAAAUGUGUAGCUUCCUGCCCAUCAUUUCCUGGUCCCAAAAUUGAAAGCGGAAAGAAAAUAACACACGUCCUUAAGUAUUGGUACCAAGUCUUCCUUCACCGCAAUUCUCUGUGAGAUCAGAUCCUACAAGCAACCAAACGUUUGCCGAAUGGUCCACUGGGAGGUAGCAGAGUGGUCAGCACGAUUUAUAUGGGUGUCCAGACCCCAGAGGAACACUAUGGUCUUCUCCUCUUCUACAGCUUGUUGUUUUGAUUGCUUGCUCAAUGUUUUGGGGAGUUUAUUUGUUUUUGUCCCUAAACAUGUUUUUGUUGUAUUUUUGCACAGUAGUUAUCUAACAAGCUCGAUUUGAUCCAUCUUCUGAAGACUCAAACAUGCAUGAAAGCACAAACUUGCUUUGUUAGUUAUUGUAAUCAUGUCCUUGAAUGUAUCAGCAAGCA